GGUGAGAUGCGGCGGCUGCUGCUGCUGCUCGGGUGGCUCUGGGGGCCCUGGGGACCACUCGGUGCCCUGGCCCAGGGCACUCCAACCGGGACAGGUUUGGCAGAGGACGUGGUAGACUUGGAGUUUUCCACCGAGCAGCCGCUCCAUCUCGUGAGUCCCUCGUUCCUGUCUAUCACCAUCGACGCCAACCUGGCCACCGACCCGCGGUUCAUCACCUUCCUGGGCUCUCCAAGGCUUCGAACUUUAGCCAGAGGUUUAUCUCCUGCAUACUUGAGAUUUGGUGGUACCAAGACCGACUUCCUUAUUUUUGAUCCCAAGAAGGAACCAACUUUUGAAGAAAGAAGUUACUGGCAAUCUCAAGUCAACCACGACGUUUGCCAGUCUGAGCCUGUCUCUCCUGAUGUGAUGAGGAGACUCCAGAGGGAAUGGCCCUUCCUGGAGCUGUUGCUGCUCAAAGAACAAUACCAAAGAGAAUUCAAGAACAGCACCUACUCAAGAAGCUCAGUGGACAUGCUGUACAGUUUUGCAAAGUGCUCAGGGCUAGACCUGAUCUUUGGUCUGAAUGCAUUGCUAAGAACUCCAGACAUGCGUUGGAACAGCUCCAACGCUCAGCUGCUGCUGGGGUACUGUGCUUCCAAGGGUUACAACAUCUCCUGGGAACUGGGCAACGAGCCCAACAGUUUCUGGAAGAAAGCUCACAUUUUCAUCGAUGGGCUGCAGUUAGGACAAGAUUUUGUUGAGUUUCAUAAGCUUCUACGAAAGUCAGCUUUCAAAAAUGCAAAACUCUAUGGUCCUGACAUUGGCCAGCCUCGAGGGAAGACCGUUAAGCUGCUGAGAAGUUUCCUGAAAGCUGGUGGAGAAGUGAUUGACGCCCUUACGUGGCAUCACUACUACUUAAAUGGACGCAUUGCCACCAAAGAAGAUUUUCUGAGCUCUGAUGUGCUGGACACCUUUAUUUUAUCUGUGCAAAAAAUUCUAAAGGUGACUAAGGAAAUUAGACCUGGCAAAAAGGUCUGGUUGGGAGAAACAAGCUCUGCCUAUGGCGGUGGUGCACCCUCGCUGUCCAACACCUUUGCUGCUGGCUUUAUGUGGCUGGAUAAAUUGGGCAUCUCAGCCCAGAUGGGCAUAGAAGUGGUGAUGAGGCAGGUGUUCUUCGGAGCGGGCAACUACCACUUAGUGGAUGAAAACUUCGAGCCUUUACCUGAUUACUGGCUAUCUCUUCUGUUCAAGAAACUGGUGGGUCCCCAGGUGCUCAUGGCGCGAGUGAAAGGCCUAGACAGAAGCAAACUUAGAGUGUAUCUCCACUGCACAAACACCCACCACCCAAGGUAUCAGGACGGAGAUUUAACCCUAUAUGCCUUGAAUCUCCAUAAUGUCACCAAGCAUGUGAAGUUGCCAUAUCAACUGUUUAACAAGCCAGUGGACAAGUACCUUUUAAAGCCUUUUGGACCUGAUGGGUUACUUUCCAAAUCUGUCCAACUCAACGGUGAAACCCUGAAGAUGGUGGAUGACCAGACCCUGCCAGCUUUAACAGAGAAACCUCUACGGCCAGGAAGCUCACUAGGCAUGCCUGCCUUUUCCUAUGGAUUUUUUGUCAUAAGAAAUGCCAAAAUUGCUGCUUGUUUAUGAAAAUAAAAUUCAUACAAUAGCCCUGAGACGAAAGGGAUCAGGGGUGUUAUUCGUAAGAGUGAAGCUCAAGAGCCUUGGGAGGUCUAGGGCAAGCUUCAGUGCUGGAUCAAGUGUGAUGACAGUUAAUGGCACUGUGUGCCAAAUGAUGCUUAGCAUUUUGCAUGCACUAUUUGGGGGGGUUAUCAAAAAUGUAUAUGAAUGCCUCUGAUAUGACCAAGAGGCAAAUAAGUGAAGGAUGUGUCAUGAUUUUUUAAACCUUUGUUAGUAUUAUUAUUACUACUACUAUUAUUAUUAUUGUUAGCAGAUUGUCAAUUCUGUCCUCCAGGGCCCUCUCUGUAGCUCACUGCCACAAGUUCACACUGGCUGUAAAAGACAUUCAGCUGCUCACAUCUCAGAGAACUAAAAUGAAGAGAGCGGACCCCAAGCCUCGUCCCUUUGUUCUUCAGAAACCAUCUGUGGAAGGACAGAUGGUUGGGUGGGGUUGGAUUAAGAACAAACAAACAAACAAACAAACAACAGUGACAACAACUGAGAGGGAAGGUAUGGCACAAGGUUUGGAAAUGACUGUAAAGGACGGUCGGUUGACUGAGAAGUUUCAGGAAACACCUGACACAUCAAGCCAUUGUAGUGUUUACUUUUUCUAUACCAUUAGUUCUUGCCUGGCUUGGGGAGCUUUGGCCUGUGAGUAAUGAGACCUCUAAACGAGGAUAUUUAUGUCCCACAUGAGAAGCUGCCCAAGUGAGUGAGGCAGGGUUCAAUCACAGUGGGGGGGGGGCUUCUUUCUCCUGAAGUCUGUAGCACUGGCUCUGGUCACAUGACGGCUGUGACUGACCUACAGAGUCACUGAGAUCUCAAAGCAACCCAUGGGAGAGGAUGAGUGAUUCCUUCAGAGACCCGAAGACAUCUUUCCUGGACAUUUUCCCUGCAAGCCUCUCUUCAAGUCUCAAGUCCUACUGGCCAGGAAUAGGUCUAUGGUCAUUUUCCCAGUCACCACCCAUGGCCAUUGGCUGCCACUAAUUGUCAUCAGACCAUCUUUGUCUGGGGUAGAGAGGUUUGGUGGAGUCCACAACACUGGACAUUAUAGUCCUGUGCUUUGGUCAAGUAACAAAAUGUAACUAUUCCCCCCCCCAAGGAUUUUAAUCCUCUUAAGGAUUAUGAUUCUAUAUUUUUGUGUCUGCUAUGAAUAUUAUCUCAAUUGAAUUUGAGUACAUUAGACCUUUAAGGGAUGCCUCAAUACGCUCAAAUUUUUAUGCAAGCAGUUUUUAUAUUUCCACAUUUGAAAUAAACUAAUUUUAUAGCCUUAA